AUGCAGGCGAGUGCGUUUACGGAUCAGGUGGUGUGUGCUCUAGGCGAGGAAAGUCAGACAAGACCAACACGGCUUGAGAGGAUCGUGGAAGAGCUCAAGACAACGCAGGAUCAGGAUGAGGUCCUCGACCCCCUCACACUGUUAGCGCACCUCGUACCUUCGCCCGACGCGGGUGCGGAGUCGUUGUUGGAGGUGAUCAGGCAGAGGUGUAGUCCGAAGGAAGUGAUUGUGGCGUGUGAGGAGUUGUUGGAGGCGCUGCGUGGACGGGUUGAGGAAGGUGUUGCGUCUUUGAUCACCAAAUCGCCUCGGGGAAGUCGGAAGAGGAAAGUAUCGAAUAUGAUACACUCGUUUGCACCUGACCUUGCGUUGGUUAUUCAGAUGGUGUGUGAGAGUGAGAGCGACGCUGAGAACACUGAGAGUGCCAGUGACCUCUUAUCGGGCUGUACAGACUUGGUUGAAGGGAUUAUCCUUUGCUUCGACGACGAAUCCCACAAACACAUCCUCCUCCCCUUCCUCAUCUCCACAACCACCUCUCUCUCCCCUUUCAUCCCCUGCUCACUAUCCCACCACGUCUUCGCACGGUGUUUUCCCCGCCUAAGCACCAGCGUUGCGUUGGAAAAAGGAUCGGAGGUCAUGCAGAGGUUGGUGGGGGUGUAUACCCGCUUGGGGGGGAGAUGGGACGACACGUUUGUGUUGUGGGCACAUGCGGUGGUUAUGGGUCUUGAUCAGGAGCAUCGACAUGCUCCGGUGAUAUUGGCUGCGAUACGCGGGGGUUCGUUUCUUGAUGAAGCGCUUGCUGUGCUUUUGGUUUUCUUUUCUUCUUCUCACUCUCACUCUCCUCCUCCUCCUCUUUCAUACUCUGAACUUCUCCUCACUCUCCUCCCCACCCUCGCAUCCGCCCACCCCGACCCUUUCAUCCGCCUCUGUGCCUUCCGCCUCUUAUCCCUCGUCCUCCGCGCGGUUCCGGGGUUCAUACAGGUCCAGGUCUUGGUUGAUCUGUUGUCCGGUGAUCAACAUCCUCAUCAACAUCAUCAUAAUCCACAUUCCAAGAUGUUGCGUGUAGCCGCUGUGGGGCUAGUCAAAGACCUCGUUUUGGAUGCCCUAUCUAUCCCUGGUGGGAAUAAUAUCCUCGCAUCCCCGGCUUUCGUACUCUCCCUCGCACCAGUGUUGUUUACUCCCCCCGAACCUGUAUUGGAUCCCUCCUUCUCCAUGGACACCAUUCCCCCCAACGACACGGUCCCCCCCAACGACACAGUCCCCCCCAACGACACGGAUGAAGCACUAGAGGUGGAGUUGACGAGACUAGGUCAUGUAUUAGCAUUGUAUUAUGCGCUGGAAAAAACUGAUGUUGCGAAUCGGACAGGCAUCCGCGAUCCGGAUAACCGCGCUAAUAUCGAGCGGACGCUGGUUGCUCCCAUACGCAGUGCGGUGUCGCGGUGGGGGAUUCAGACUCAACCUGGGAUUCAGACUCAGAAUCAGACGGACAUCCCACCCUCACCCUCACCCCAUGGGACCCGCGUACGCGCGGCGCUUGUGGCGUUGCAGAUGGGGGUUGAGAGGAUUGAUGAGAUGUGGAAGGCGAGGGGAGGAUAG